UAACAAACUUACCAGCCAAAUUUAUGUUCUCUUCUUGUUGUCAACAAGGCGCCACGUCUGUCUUGAUUUUGAGGAAACCGAUUGCUCACGCAGCACUGCCGAAGCAUACUUCUAAUCCUGUAACGAGCCGCAGAUAGGGGAUUGAUAGAACAAAAUUCUUCGUCUUCCCUAGCAUGAAUCUAAUGCAGUUCUUUUCGCGAAGCAGAAAACUGAGCGAAAUGUUAAGGGUUUCUUUAAGGCCUCCGCUGCCAUUGGUGAAAUCGGCCCCAAAGGCUCGGUUCUCCAGCACCGUAUCUCAGUGGGAGGGCGGGGUUUCCAUGGUUCAGGGCGCAUCCAGGGGAAUCGGGCUCGAAUUCGUGAGGCAACUACUUGAGAAAAGCAACAAAGGGCAUGUUAUUGCGACUUGUCGAAAUCCUGGGGGAGCAACCAACCUUCUUGAAUUGAAGGAAAAGUUUGGAGAUCGUCUCAAGGUACUACCACUUGAUGUGACAGAUGAGAGUACCAUAGAGGCUGCAGCCACCUCUGUAAAAGAAAGUUAUGGCUCUAUAAACCUACUGAUUAACACUUCUGGAGUACUUUCAAUACCUAAAAUACUGCAACCAGAAACAACAUUAAGUAAAUUGGAGAAGUCAUCACUGAUGCUUACAUACGAAAUAAAUGCUGUUGGACCUGUUUUAGUAGUGAAGCAUAUGUGGCCACUCCUGAGGGCAGGAGGUGGAUCUGGAACUGAUAGAGAACUUGCUGUGGUUGCAAAUUUGAGUGCUAGAGUGGGCUCUAUUGGAGACAAUAGAUUGGGUGGAUGGCAUUCUUAUCGUUCUUCAAAAACAGCUCUGAAUCAAUUGACCAAGACCAUUUCUGUGGAAUUAGCUCGGAGAAAGGAUCCAAUAAUUUGCAUUCUACUGCAUCCUGGGACUGUGGACACUGAUCUUUCAAAGCCAUUCCAGAAGAACGUCCCACCCAGUAAGCUAUUUACAAGAGAAUUUUCUGUACAAAAGCUCCUAAGCAUUAUUAACAAUGUUAAAGGUAGUGAUAAUGGAAAAUUCUAUGAUUGGGAUGGCCUAGAAAUUCCCUGGUAAAAAUAGCUGAUACCAUCCUUCUCUCUCUCUCUCUCUUUCUCUCUGUAGGCCAAAUGUUAAUAUCAUGAUUUAUUAAUUGCUGGCAAUACCAUCUUUGUUUCUGCACAUCAAAAUUUGUUAAUUGAAUGCCCAACGGUCAUUAACCAAACAAAAGGCUAACAAUUGCUUUUAUGAUUCUAUUAUAUAUCAUUCAUUUGAAUUUCA